CCCGCUACAACAUUUCAAACACCUCUCCUUCCUUCCCCUCCUCUCCUCUCCUCUGCUUUGGUGUUUCCCCCUUUCUCUCCUUUCAUGUCUAUGUAAGGUGCUUAGUUAACUACUUCUAGUAUUAAUUCCCUCAUUCUCUUCCAUGGCUGCAUCUGGGGCUGUUGAAAUGAACCCCCAUGAGCUUCCUCCUGGUUUUAGAUUCCACCCCACAGAUGAAGAGCUCAUUCUUCACUAUUUGAAGAAAAAGGUUUCCUCUGUUCCCAUUCCAGUCCCCAUAAUUGCAGAGAUCGAUCUCUACAAAUUUGACCCCUGGGAAUUACCAGGAAAGGCGACGUUUGGGGAACGGGAGUGGUAUUUUUUCAGCCCACGUGACCGGAAGUAUCCAAAUGGGGCUCGGCCAAACCGGGCUGCGGCUUCUGGUUACUGGAAGGCGACCGGGACGGACAAACCAAUUCUUAUGUCUGGUAGCACACACGCUGUUGGUGUUAAGAAGGCUCUGGUUUUUUACCGGGGAAAACCACCCAAAGGGGUUAAAACUAGCUGGAUUAUGCAUGAGUACCGUCUGGCCGAAGUCGGCGGGAGAUCCAGUAGUUUCAGCAUCAGAAAAGGAUCUAUGAGAUUGGAUGACUGGGUUUUGUGCCGGAUCUACAAGAAGAAAAACACUCAGAUCCCCAAUUCCAAAUUUUCAACAAGAUCUGAAGAAGAAGAGUCUGGAGUGGAGGACAUGAUGGCCACUUUGCCUGACAUUGAUAAUGAGCAGAAGCCCAUACUGCCCAAAAUUGGAUCUUUCUCUGGUCUACUGGAUGCAGAGUGCAAUCCAUUCUUAUCAUGUGUUUUCACAGAUCAGGAGGCCUCAGAAGGGAGUGGGCUGGUGGGUUCCGGGCAUGACUUUGAUCCAUGCAACAAGAACAACAUGCAAAAACAACAGCAGGUCUCAGCAACAACAGUGUUGCCGUCAAUUGACAGCAAAUCUGUUCUGGAGUCCAUUAAGAGGACUCUCUCCUUAGGUUGCAUGGAUGAUGCAAUUCAGCCAUCAAAGAGGCCUAAAAACAAUAACUACAACAGCAACACCAAUAACUAUAUGCCAGCAUUUCUUAACGCCCAACAGCCAAGCCAAAUCUUUUAUCAAUACCCACAGAAGCUCACGUUCAAUCCCUGGGAUGAUUUUCAACAAAUGUAUAGAUCAUCCUUUGCUACAGAAAACAGGCCUUAAAUGGCUCUAUCACAAAUACUAUACAUAUAGUAUAUAUAUAUAAGUCCUCAUUGUGUGUUGUGGAGUUUCACAGUUUAUAUUUUACCAAUACAUUCAGUAGUCCAGACAAUAAAGCAGUUUACUGCAUCAAGAAAUACCCAAUAUAUAUAUGUCUAUAGACCUGCUUUCUUUCAAGCUUCAUCAAUGAAGUCUGUACAACUAACAUAUGGUGGGAUAUGGUUUAAAAGUUUUUUCUGGAAUUGGAAUCAGAGUUUGGUGAAGAAUGCAUCUGCAUCAGCCAUGUAGUUUUAGCAUCAAGAGACAGUAAUAUCCAGCCCUGCAACAAAAACAGAGCAGGCAAAUCACAUUUUGCACAUCUCGGAAUUUUUCAUGCCUAGGUGUGGAUCAAUCUCAGAGUAAAAUUUGUGUUCAAUCAAUCUAUGGAUCAGAUGGAAUCAUCCACAGAUCAAUCCUUGAAUUAAAGACCCAGAGAAAUGAAAACAUUUGACUGUGCUGUACUCUUUUCUGCAUCUAGGCAGAGGUUAAUAAAAGUUGUUAGUAGGAAGGCGAGGAAAAAGGGAUGGAUGCAUUCAAUUUGUACAUUAGAAUUUAUUAUAUUAAACUCUAGUGUAAAUCGACUUGUUCAUGCUUCAGGAGGGAAAAUCUGGCUUCCCAAUGAGAGAAGUAAUCAAUUAUGUAAUGGAAUCUUGUUACUAUUAUGUUACAAUUUUCAUAUCUUUUUAUUCUUCG